AUGGCUGACGGCGACGUGAAGCCCCCCAAGCCCUCUGUGGUGCUGGAAGCCCACGAGGUUGAUACCUUCCAUGUUCCCAAGGCUUUCUACGAGAAACACCCGACCGGCACUCACCUGAAGGACUUGGACGAAUAUAAGACACUUUACGAAGAAUCGAUUCGUCAACCCCACACCUUCUGGGCCCGCAUGGCUCGUGAACUUAUUUCCUUCGACAAAGACUUCCAAACUACCCACACCGGCUCUCUGGAGAAUGGCGACAGUGCCUGGUUUGUUGAAGGCCGCUUAAACGCUGCCUUCAACUGUGUGGACCGCCAUGCUCUGAAGAACCCCGACAAGGUCGCCAUCAUCUAUGAGGCCGAUGAGCCCAAUGAGGGCCGGAAUAUUACCUACGGAGAGCUGCUGCGCGAAGUAUCUCGGGUUGCUUGGGUGUUGAAACAGCAAGGCGUGAAGAAGGGUGAUACCGUGGCUAUCUAUCUUCCUAUGAUUCCGGAGGCCAUUGUUGCUUUCCUAGCCUGUGCCCGUAUUGGUGCUGUCCAUUCCGUGGUGUUCGCAGGAUUCUCUUCAGACUCACUCCGUGACCGUGUCCUGGACGCUGGGUCUAAGGUCGUCAUUACCACCGAUGAGGGUAAACGUGGCGGCAAGGUAAUUGGCACUAAGCGUAUUGUUGAUGAGGCCUUGAAGCAGUGCCCCGAGGUCACGAGUGUGCUUGUAUACAAGCGUACCGGUACCGAGGUCCCUUGGACCCAGGGUCGUGAUGUCUGGUGGCACGAGGAGUUGGAAAAGUACCCCAACUACUUCCCUCCCGAGUCUGUUAGCUCUGAAGACCCCCUUUUCUUGCUCUAUACCUCCGGUUCCACCGGAAAGCCUAAGGGUGUUAUGCACACCACCGCUGGGUACCUCGUGGGUGCCGCUAUGACUGGCAAGUACGUCUUCGAUAUCCACGACAACGAUCGCUUCUUCUGCGGUGGUGAUGUAGGUUGGAUCACUGGCCAUACCUAUGUGGUGUAUGCUCCUUUGCUCCUGGGAUGCUCCACUGUCGUCUUUGAGAGUACCCCAGCGUAUCCCAACUUCUCCCGCUACUGGGAUGUCAUUGAGAAGCACCAGGUGACCCAGUUCUAUGUCGCCCCCACCGCGCUGCGGUUGUUGAAGCGGGCUGGAGAUGAGCAUAUUCGACACAAGAUGGCCCAUUUACGUAUCCUGGGCUCUGUUGGUGAGCCUAUCGCAGCGGAGGUUUGGAAGUGGUACUUUGAGAAAGUCGGAAAGGAAGAGGCUCACAUUUGCGAUACCUACUGGCAAACCGAAACCGGUUCGAACGUCAUCACACCUUUGGGUGGAAUUACCCCUACCAAACCUGGUAGUGCGUCAUUGCCGUUCUUCGGAAUUGAGCCUGCCAUCAUUGACCCCGUCUCCGGGGAGGAAAUCUCUGGUAACGACGUGGAGGGUGUGCUUGCCUUUAAGCAGCCUUGGCCUAGCAUGGCCCGCACCGUGUGGGGUGCCCAUAAACGCUACAUGGAUACCUAUCUAAAUGUCUAUAAGGGCUAUUAUUUCACUGGAGAUGGUGCAGGUCGUGAUCACGAUGGAUACUACUGGAUCCGUGGCCGUGUUGACGACGUGGUUAACGUGUCCGGUCACCGGCUGUCCACCGCCGAAAUCGAAGCCGCUCUGCUCGAGCACCAUAUGGUUGCUGAAGCCGCCGUGGUCGGUAUCGCUGACGAACUCACUGGUCAGGCCGUCAACGCGUUUGUGGCUCUGAAAGAGGGCAAUGAGACUACCGACCAAGUCCGUAAAGAUCUUGUUAUGCAGGUUCGCAAGUCGAUUGGACCAUUCGCUGCUCCCAAGGCCGUCUUCGUCGUCGAUGAUCUCCCCAAGACCCGCAGCGGCAAGAUUAUGCGCCGUAUUCUGCGGAAGAUAUUGAGUGGCGAGGAGGACAGUCUGGGUGAUACCUCUACUCUGUCCGAUCCCUCGGUGGUGGACAGGAUCAUUGAAACCGUUCAUAUCUCCCGGAGCAAAUAG